CAGCUUUUUUUAUUUUAUUUUUUUUUUCAUUCUUCUAAAGUGCAGUCUACGGGGUCAUAUGACUUGACUAGUCACAGCUCAGUCGUCAACCAGGCUCAGGUAUGCCUGGGAGUACGCAAGAAAACCGCCCUCUGUUGCCCACCCUCGAACCUGACCUGGAACAUGCACGAACGCAAGCUUCUCAGCGUUGUAAUGACAACAGAUCAGAUGUGGUCGAUGAUGAUCACAACUCGGGGCUCACUGCCUCUGGUCACCAUAUUGAUGAUGCUCAUCAACAAACUACGUAGAAACUGUGAAACAUUGAUUCAUUUGAUAAAGGGAAAUAUUGGCACAGGAAUUCUGGCCAUGCCAGAUGGUCUCAAGAACUCUGGUCUGUACACUGGUGUUGGUCUCUUGCCUCUUAUAUCUAUUAUCUGCAUCCACUGUAUGCACAUGCUGGUUCAGUGUGCACAUGAGUUAAAAGAGAGAUUGGGUAUAAGUGGCAUGGACUACGCUGAUGUUGGGUAUCAUGCCUUCGCCACAGGACCAGCUUCCCUCCGUGGAUUAGCCCCAGUGGCACGAUCAGUCCUCAAUACCUUUCUAACCAUAACACAAUUAGGAUUCUGUUGUGUGUAUGUGGUCUUCAUAGCUGCUAAUGUUCAACAGGUUGUGGACUGUAAACUCCCAGGUAAUGGCAUUGACAUUCAUGGAUACAUGGCUAUCUUGAUCCUGCCUAUAUUAGGUAUAUCUAUGAUCCGCUCUCUUAAGGUGCUGGCGCCAUUUUCUCUUGUGAGUAAUGUUUUCCUGGGCCUGGGAAUUGCCAUCACAUUCCGUUACUUACUGCAAGAUAUUCCUUCUUCGUAUGACCGACCUGAAUUUAAGUCGUGGAAACAGCUACCUCUCUUCCUUGGCACUUCGAUUUAUGCAUUUGAGGGCAUUGGAGUGGUUCUUCCUCUAGAAAGGAAAAUGACAAACCCAGAGGAUUUUCGUGGAUGCAAUGGUGUCCUUAACACAGCCAUGGUUCUAGUCACUUGUAGUUAUAUUGCAGUGGGCUUCUUUGGAUACUUGAAAUAUGGUGAUGCAGUGCAUGGAUCCAUCACAUUAAAUAUUCCCCCAGGUGAUAACUUGGCACAACUGGUAAAGAUUUUGAUGGCACUUGCAAUCUACCUUACAUAUUCUCUUAUGCUGUAUGUUCCUGCUGAAAUCAUGUGGCCUCACUUGAGUUCAAAGUUUCACUCAACCCGAGGAAAACUACUUGGAGAGUAUGCGUUCAGAGCCUUCCUGGUGAUGAUUACAUUUAUUCUAGCAGCAGCCAUUCCCAACAUUGGACUCUUCAUCUCACUAGUGGGUGCAGUUUCAUCGUCAACAUUAGCAAUCAUCUUUCCUCCAAUUAUUGAAAUGGUUACAUUUUGGCCACGAGUAACGAAACUGACUAUAAUCAAGUGUUUUAUCAUCUUCACAUUUGGAAUCGUAUGUUUCAUCACAGGAACAUACGCCAGUGUUCAAGCCAUCAUUGAAUACUUUGAACAUUCCGACAUCCCUGUGCCAAGGGAGGUUUGCUGAGGUUAGUGGUGUGUGCGUCACAUUUGCUCAUUAGGUGUGUUAUGUACAUAACUGUUAUGUUAGUGUAAGUAUUUUCUAGGUGCUGGUUGGAAUAUUAGCGUUGUAUUCAUAAUUGUAUCUAACUGGUAUACCGAUAUACAGUACAGUAUAUUAGUAUACAUGUGUACUAGUACAAUCGGUACCCCAACAAUGGUUGACAUGUUUCCUGUGUAAGCUUUGUGGUAUAUUACAAGUAUUAUACUGUAAAUCUUGGUAGAGGAAAUGGUCAUGGGAUAUUAGCAAGGUCAGUAUCCAGCCACAUACAUCUGUUUUGAUCACUCGCUGAUGUUUUGCUCGGCCUGUUUUACUCAGAGGUACGGUAAAUUAAUACACAGUUACCUUGUUUGGAUAAUUGAUAAUUGUAUCAAUUUUGUAUAGAACACAUGCACUUGUGUAUAAGUCAUUAAAUUUCUAUGUACUGUAUUAUGUAUAAGGCAUAAUAUUAUGAUUCAAAAUCACAUAAAUAAUGGUUUAAUUUUAUUUUUUAUAUAUUUUAUUUCUUGGUAUACAGUAUUUAUCUUUUCCUUUUAAAACUAGUAUUGACAAUAUUAUCAUCAGCUAGUAAGUUGCUGUACCUUUGCUAGUCUGCAAUAUGUACCCAUCAACAUAUUGAGAUAAUGUUCAUAUUUUUUUUCAUGGAAACUUUUUGGUUUUGUACUAUAAAUAGCUUUUAUUAGUGUUUCUGUAGUGGUGUAGUACGGUCAUUUUUGGCAGUACUAGUACUGAAAACCUGAGAAA